AUGACCUGCCCGGAUUCAAUGGAGCGCCUAUUACUCAUCGCCGCCGCGCUUCCCGCACCCGCGCCGCCCCCGCUGCUGCUGCCGCUGCCGCUGCCGCCAUGGCGGGCCAUCAACCCUCCGAAAUCCACGACGACAACGCACACUGCCUCCGCGGCCGCCGUCCGGGCAGACGACACCGACACCGACAACGAUAACGACGACGUCAACGAGGCGCACGAGGACGAGGACGAAGACGAGCACCCGCACUUUUGUUUUCGAGACGGCGACAUCGAAUUGACCGCCUUUAGCACCACCACCACCUCGCGUUUCAAUCGCGCCCAGAGCUCCUCCCUCUGUCCGGCUCUUCCUCCACCGUGCUCGCCCUCGUACACGCGGCGGCGGCGGCGCAGCGUCUCUCGCAGCGUCUCGUCCAGUACCACCACGGCAACCACUUCCUCCUGCUCCUCCUCGACGGGCUCUUCUUCGCCGUCACGUUCAAGGUCGCCCCCACCGCCGACCCCCCCGACAUCGUCCCAUCCUUCGACACCGACGCCGCCGCCGCCACUCCUGCACUCGUGCGAGCAACACGCACUCUCCCGCCAGCUCUGGCGCGCCGUCUGGUGA